UAUGUAUGUAUCAAAUAAGGAAGUUGGAGAUCCGGUAGUUCCCCUUUACUUUAAAAGAACUAUUAGAUAGUUCGGUCAAAACCAGUUCGGGCUUCGCCAUUGCAUGUGUGUAAAAGUCUCGUAUUUUCAUGCUUCUUCUCUUUAAUGUUGAGUUCGUAGUCAUAUUUUCUUACCGGAACCAGUUGAAAACUCAGAAAAAGGUGAAAAACAGACGACAGGAUGGAUGUUACUCACCUGACGGAGGACGAAAUGGCCGAUAUAAAGAAGGAAGCCAUAGACAGGUUACGGCCAUACCUGGUGGAUAAGAUCAUUGCCGAGCGGCACUUCGAUUACUUGCGCUCGAAGAAAAUCUUGACACGAGAGGACACGGAGGAGAUCAGCUGCAGAACCACGAGAGGGAGACGCACUAGCAAGCUGCUUGAUAUCCUCGCAGAAAACCCACGGGGUUUAGACAUGCUAAUUGAGUCCAUCAAAUGGGGCCGAACGCUCAACUUUAUCAUCGCAAAGAUCACUGAUGAGGUGCAGCGCGUGAAAAAUGAGCGGCUGGAAGCUUUAAAAGCUGGGUCCUCGGCUAAUUCAGGUUAUUCAAACACAAAAGGAGCAACCAAUGACUUCUCCAAAAUGGACUCGGACUAUGACAAGUACUCCACUAUAUGCUAUCAUCCAGAAGGGGAAGGAAGUCCGUCGUCCUCUGUCGCUACGGGAUCCUUUAACCUGCGUUACAGAUCGGGUCGAGGGAACGAGGCUCUGUCGGUCUGCGGAGGUGCUGGGAGCAUGAACGUGUCCUCCACUAUCUCAUCAAGCCUGCCUAAACCUGGAGACCCUGGAGCUCCACCGCUACCCGAGGAGCCCGAUAUGGACGCCCAGGAUAUAGAUGCUGCUGUUUGUGGAAGUACAGGAAGUAGCGGGGAUGCUAAUUUCCAGCCGCUGCGCUCACGUUCUUUAUCGCCGAUGCCUCACAUGUCGUAGUGCAACCUUUCAACGCAGUCACCUGCAUUCCAUCAAUGUGUGAGAUUCAGAACAUUUUCCAAAACAAUAGUCUUUCAAAUGUCUCUCACCAGCACUGUCACACUGUAAACAAUCCUUCUUAUCAGCUUGUUAAAUGUGCUUAAUUAAAAUGAGUUAAAGCAACACACUUGCUGAACAUUUGGUUUCUACUUAUCAUUGUACUAAAAUAUGUAGAAGUCGGUAACACUUUACUUGAAGCAUUAUAAAGCUAUUUAUAAAGUUAUGUGUAUGAUGCAUUAUAAAGGUAUUUACUGUGUAAUGUACGUUGUAAUGCAUGAUAUCUGUUCAUAAAUAAUUGUGGCCAAAGUUAAAAUGCAUAAUAAUAUUUGAAGGUUUGUUUGUCAUGUGGUGAAAUGUGUUGUAACAAUGAACAGCUAAGUAUUAUGCUGUAUUAUAACUGUGGUAACAAUUGUUUUUACAAUGCAUAAUAAGGUGCAUUACAUGGCAUAAAUAAUGUGUUAAUAUACUUUUAUAAUGCAUCAUAUGUAAAGGUUUUAAGUAAAGUUUUACCCAUUUUUGUUUAGCAUUUUUGUAGCAUUAACUGAAACUAUGCAGUGGAUUUUUAGUUCCCUACAUGUUAUGCAUAUUGCUGGAUUAGGACAGUAAAUGUUCCUUUUUUGAUAUGUAAAAUGUAUUAUUCUGAGUAAUAGGAAAACAUGUUGGUGUUUAAGGCUGUUGUGUUUGACAUUUAAAGAGUUUCUAUAUUGUGUUUUUGUGGUUACCAUUGAGCUAGUGGUUAAGUUGUGGGUGGAUCCAUGAUUUAAGUUUAUAGUUGUUCCACUCAGUGAGCAAUAAUGCUUUGAUAAAAUCAGUGUAUAGUUACUUGCAAACGUUUGCUAUGCUGACUACAAAAGCUGUUUAUAUUACUCACUUUUAUAAGUACAUACACUACCGUUCAAAAGUUUGGGGUCAGUACAUUUUUAUUGUUUCUUUUUUUUUUUCUUUUUUUUUUUUUAAGAAAUUAAUACCAUUAAUACCUUUUAUUCACUAAGGAUGUAUUAAGUUAAUAAUUAAAAGUUUAUUAAAAGUUAAUAAUAAGGAUGUAUUAAGUUAAUAAUUAAAAGUUUAUUAAAAGUUAAUAAUAAAUAAUUUACAUUGUUAUAAAAUAUUUAUAUUUUGAAUAAACACUGUACUUUUUAAACUUGUUAUUCAUGAAAGAAUCCUGAAAAAAAAAAUCACAGGUUCCAAAAAUAUUUGGCAGCACAACUGUUGAUAUUAUCCAACACUGAUCAUUCUAAUAAUAAAUCCGCAUAUUAGAAUGAUUUCUGAAGGAUCAUGUGACACUUAAGACUGGAGUAACAGCUGAUAAAAAUUCAGCUUUUCAUCACAGGAAUAAAUUCUAUUUUAAAGUAUGCUAAAAUAAAAAACAUUAUUUUAUAUUGUAAAAACAUUUUGCAAUAUUACUGUUUUUUUUUGUUUUUUUUCUAUAUUUUUAAUCAAAUAAAUGCAGCCUUGAUGAGCAUAAGAGACUUCUUUAAAGACUAUUACAAGUCUUACUGACCCUAAACUUUUGAACGGUAGUGUAGCUGUGUAACUUAUUGACAAAUGUUUAGGUAGUUAGGACUUUACUGUGGUAUAGCUGUUAAAUGUAGACCUGUAGUUUGGGGUGGAUUUUAGAUAGGAUUAAAUCUAACAAACUGAGUACAGAUUAUUACCUCAAUUUCACUGAGUAGAUUCUUUAAAUUAGAUUUUUAUAUGUUGUAUGACUGAGGAUCCUUGAAAUAAUAUAAAAGUAACAGCCGGUUAUUGCUUAAUCUGAAACAUGUUGUUUAUUUUGUCUACAUUUUGUCUCAACGAAUAAAUUAUAAAACAUUCCAAAAUUGUAUGACUUCUGGAAAUCCAGAAGAAACAUUUUUACAAUUUUUAGACUCCUCUCUAUACAGUGAAAGUGGAUGUAGUUCUGGGACUAUUGAGUUCAGAAAGGGACAGAAAAACUGCAUACAAAUACCAGUUGAGUCCGUAUGACUGCAUUAGCGCAUUGCAACCUAAGCCUUAUGAAGCUUUUUGUGAGGAAAAGCCAACUGUCACCUUUCACUUUCACUCUAUAAAGAAGAGCAGUCUGAAUAUUAUGCUAUACUUCCGUUUGCUUUAUUUUAUUUUUUUUUCCUUUAACUUUUAAAAAUGUGUCCCAUGUGCACAUGCUGUCAGAGCACUGCUCACAAAGCUCCAACAAGGAGCAUAGCAUCUUUAUGACAGGGUAAAUGGUAUUAAAUUAUGUCAUUAUUAUAAUGAUGAUGAUGUGCAUGUGUGUAUUGUGUUUAUAUUUUCUUAAACAGUUAUAUAGCUAGUCAUAUAUAGUUACAGUUCAUCAGAUUAUUGUAUGAAAGUGUAUAAUUUCAUUGGUCACACUAUUAGGUGGCUUUAACUACUAUGUACUAAAAUAAAAUACAUACUGGAUUUACUGUGUAACUGCAUGUUCUGAAAAAUUCCCACAUUUACUGCUAAGUGUAGUAGGAUUAGGGUUUAUGUGUAAAGUACUCCACCUAAUAGAAAGUCUAAACACUUGAUAAUUGAUUCAACACAAAUACAAUAUGUGGGUUUUAAAUAAGAGAAAUCUCAUGUUUCAUACUGAUAGUCACAUGAACUUAUAUAAACAUAAGCAAAGUUUUAUUUGUACACAAAUGUUAAAAUGUGUUAAAUGUGUUAAAACACCUUUCCUACAAUAAAAGAAGAAAUG